CUGGCAACGCGAGACGCCUCCGCAGAGAGGUCCUGCGCUCUGGAUCCGCGCAAAAAAAUCGUCGACAUGGCUCAAGUUUUAGCCAAAAAGGCUGGACACGUCUGCCCCGGACAGUGCGCGCUCCACAGCCCGCCGGCCAGCGUGGUCCUGGACGAGACCUGCUGCUGUCGGAUCAUGUGCCAGCACCCCCUCUGCUGGGAGGCGCACCUGCGCUGUGCCAGGGGGGUCCCGCGAUACACCACGGCGAGGGCCGAACCCCCAGAGCAGCCCCAGGAAGACGGAUUGCCGACACUAAAGAUCCAGAACAUUCCCAGCUGGUAUGAUGAGGACCUGGAUGGCACAGAUCCAGGACCCUUUCCCAGAACCUUCAAUAGCUCCGAACCAUCUUACCUGACAGCCGCCCAUGUGAAGGAGUGCAGCAUGACUGAGAGCAGCGAGGUCCUGCAUUUCCCAGGGAGGAACUCUCCCAGAGCUCCUCGGACCCUGCUGAUGAGCGAGAGGGGCUUCAGUCCAGACCCCUUCUACAAAAAGCUCAGGCAAUCCCAAUCAUCUCCAAGGGACUCCAAUCGGACAGAUUCCAUUGUGAUCUGGGUCCCCAACCCACAACGCAGCUCACAGAGGAUCAAGCAGCCCAGGCAAACUAACAGCAAGCCUGCCCUUCUCCUCAGUGGAAAAUCUGAGAGAAUCUGUAUCAGUGAGCUGAUCUACAGCCUCCCGCCCUCCCAGACAGACAAGGCUCACAUAAUGAAGAGAAAGAAACCUUUCAAACUGUCACGCUCUGUAUCUCUGUCGACUGGGGACAGGAAGAUGGCAAAGCAAUCGAUCCAGGCAGGCCACACUGAACAGGGCUCAGAUGUCGCACAGGCUGACGCAGGGGAGCCCCAACCCGAUCAGAACCGCCCCCCGGGGGAGAAUAGAGCAGCCCGGUCCGAACAGCAACACGGGGAGGAGCUGCUCCUUCACAACAGGGGCGUGGUGCUGCACAGUGCGAGGGGGAGAAAGCAGAGCCUGGAGGGGAGAUCUGGACAGGGGCCGGGGGGCUUCCAAUACAGGCUCGAUGACAAGUCCACAGACUCACCAGGGAAGGACAAGAUUGACUGGGAGAGCCUGGGGAGGCAGCCCCUCCUCUGGAGGAGGUACCUUAUGUCUACGUCUCGGGGCAAAACCAAAACCACAGGGCCAAAGUCCAACAGACAGCUGAGCCAGACUCUUGACCCCUGGGUGAAUUUCAGGAUUUAUUCGACCUCAAGAGACACAACGGAGAACAUCCGUGCCGGCCAGCUGCCUAUCCUGGAAAUCGGUCCUGCUCUCCCUUCCUGCUCAGCCUGGGCCUCGCGCCGCUCCAGCUACGAUGUGGAGGGCUCCACAGCACAGGCCACCCACCUCCCUGACUCAGUGGCCAGCAGAGGCCUGUCCUCUCACAGCGCUGCACAGCUACUGCAGCAUGCAAUGUGCACGCCUUCGGAUAGUGAAUUCAGCCGGGAGUCCUGGGUAAUUAUUCCUCCUGUGAAAUCAAUCCAGUGGAUUCAGAAAACAGCAGAACAGGAGCCAGAGGGCUUUGUGGAGGAAACCCCAGGGAGUGGAGUCCUCACCGGUUCACAAAUGCCACAGGAAAACGCGACGGGAAGAGAGGCAGAGACUGAGAAACAGACUGAGACAGAGGGAGAGAGAGGGGAGCAGGAGGCUGCGCGGGCCGAGCUGGAGUCAAGCAUUGAGGAGGAGACGCCGUCAGCACCCCCCUGCACCCCAAGAUCUGAGCAGGACAAGGCAGAGGAGCUACUCCCAAAGCCACCCCCCUCCACACAGACCCCACCCCCCUCCCAACAGACCCGGCCCCACUGCCAACAGCCUCUAACCCUACAACCACAGACUGGUUUGGGGGACCCCCUCGGGGGUGGGGCCCCCACCCCUGACGUGGGAGGAGUGCACCCUCCUGGGGGUAGAGGCCCCAGGUUGGGGGAGGGGUGUCGGGGGACUCCAGGUUGGUGUCCCACAGUUGGGGGAGGGGUGUCGGGGGGGUGGGGACCCCCUCCGUGGGACAGUCGGGGGUGGGGAGGUCCAACGUCUGAGGUUGGGGGAGGGUGCCACCCCCUCCUCCAACCGGACUCCAACCCCCUCCCCCCACCCCCACCAGGGGCGCAGACUCUGAGGUUCCCCACAGCCCCCCAGGGGGGGGAGGUUGGUGCCUGA